AAGCUCUCGGGCGCUAACUUCGCAUCCCGCGCACUUUAGAACACGUGAAGCGAGUGCUUCGAAACGUGCAGUCGAGGGAGCAUUACUUCUGCAUUCCAAUUUUCUCCAGUAGCAGGAGGCGCAUUCUACGCAUCCCGCGCACUUUAGAAUUAUCCUGUCAGAGUAGUGUCGAGACUCGAGAGAAGCUCCUCAUUUCUCAGACCUUUCAGACAGUAAAACAGAGAUCGGAAAUCAUUCGUGUAUUUCUCCCCAAAAUCCACCCCGUAAAAACCCUAAAAAAAAUGCUUUCAAAAACCCCAGAAAUCACAUCUACCACCCUCAAAACCAGAUCCGCUUCUGCAACUCUGAUCUGAGAUCCCGAUCUCUUCCACCAAUACCCUAGUUCAUGGCGGGUGCCGCCUCGGCGAUCUUCCUCCUCGAUAUCAAAGGCCGGGUUCUUGUGUGGCGGGACUACCGGGGCGAUGUCUCGGCAUUGCAGGCCGAGCGGUUCUUCACGAAGCUGAUCGAGAAAGAGGGCGAUCCGGAAUCUCAAGAUCCAGUAGUUUACGAUAAUGGUGUCACCUACAUGUUCAUACAACAUAAUAAUGUGUACUUGAUGAUAGCAUCAAGGCAGAACUGUAAUGCUGCCAGCCUUCUUCUCUUUCUGCACCGUGUUGUUGGGGUCUUUAAGCAUUAUUUUGAAGAGCUAGAAGAGGAAUCUCUAAGAGAUAAUUUCGUUGUUGUGUAUGAAUUACUUGAUGAAAUGAUGGACUUUGGUUACCCUCAGUAUACUGAAGCACAGAUUCUUAGUGAGUUUAUCAAGACGGAUGCAUACAGGAUGGAGGUCACUCAGCGACCUCCUAUGGCCGUUACGAAUGCUGUGUCAUGGCGCAGUGAAGGGAUACGAUACAAGAAAAAUGAAGUAUUCCUAGAUGUGGUGGAAAGUGUCAACAUACUCGUCAACAGCAAUGGACAAAUCAUUCGAUCGGAUGUUGUUGGUGCAUUAAAAAUGAGAACAUAUUUGAGUGGUAUGCCAGAGUGUAAGCUUGGACUGAAUGACCGAGUGCUUUUGGAGGCUCAAGGUCGAACGACAAAGGGAAAAGCCAUUGAUCUGGAUGAUAUCAAGUUUCAUCAGUGUGUGCGUUUGGCCCGUUUUGAAAAUGACAGGACAAUAUCCUUCAUUCCGCCCGAUGGAUCCUUUGAUUUGAUGACCUACAGACUCAGUACUCAGGUCAAACCUUUGAUCUGGGUGGAAGCUCAAGUUGAAAGGCAUUCGAGAAGUCGUAUAGAGAUCAUGGUAAAGGCGAGGAGUCAGUUCAAGGAGCGCAGCACAGCUACAAAUGUGGAGAUUGAGCUGCCUGUACCUGCAGAUGCAACAACCCCCAAUAUAAGGACUUCCAUGGGUUCUGCAGCAUACGCACCUGAAAAUGAUGCGUUACUCUGGAAAAUAAAAUCUUUUCCUGGUGGCAAGGAAUAUAUGCUAAGAGCAGAAUUUAGUCUUCCCAGUAUAACUGCUGAAGAAACAACACCUGAGAAAAGGGCUCCUAUUCGUGUGAAGUUUGAGAUUCCAUAUUUCACUGUGUCCGGAAUACAGGUCCGCUACCUGAAAAUCAUUGAGAAGAGUGGAUAUCAAGCUCUCCCAUGGGUGAGGUACAUAACAAUGGCUGGCGAGUACGAACUGAGACUCAUGUAAUCACCCUAUCCGUUGCUUCUCAUCCCAUGGGUGUUUUACGGGUAAUAUUCUGAAGCACUCGGCUCAUUUGAGGAGCGUGGGAGCAAAGCCAGUUUUCCCACCUUACUUAGGCAUCUCCAUGAAAGCUUCCCCAGGCUGCAUCUAUCUUCACCUCUUUUUCACUGUUGGCUUUGUUUUCAUAUAACAAGGGUUUGUAAGGGUUCAGUGCUUACCCCACAAGGAUUGACUGCACAUUUUCCUUGAGAAUUAAGGAUCAAUUGUGAAAUCUGUGUCUGACGAUCAUUUAUUCAAAUCUUUCUAGGGCGGGUUACUGGUGUAAGGAAAGAGAACAGAAAAUAAUAAAUUUAAAAGAAAAGACGGGCCUGUUCAAGACA